UUUGACACCCUUAAUAAAAUGUCAAAUUUGUUGAGAAAAAAAGCAGUUCAUUACACCUACCUAGACUACACAAAACUUAUGUAAUUGAAGUUUAUUAUGUUCUUUUUAGCAUAGUGUUUUUUCAUGUUACAUAUUUGUAAUCAUGACGAAAGUGUGCCGUUUGUGUUUAAUAAAACUACAAAGAGGCUCAAAAUAUUUCAAUAUUAACGCUGUUGAAUCAUUUACAGGGUUCAUGCCCUACCGUGACCAGUUAACUACGUGCAUUCCGGAAAUGGCUUUAGAUUUAAUACCUAAUCCAGUAAUAUGCAAUAAUUGCAGAACUGCUCUAAAAUCAGCUUAUGAUUUUAAGAUACGGUGUUUGUUUGUUGAAAAGAAAAUCCAACAGCAUAUUGAAGCGCAAGUUGGUUUUAAUGAAAUUAGUUAUGAUCUAUCACAUAUAUCUACUGAUGAUGUACCUCCUUUGAACAAAUUAGCAUUACUUGUCCCCAAAAUAGAGGAAACAGAAGAACCAACCACUUUACAACCUGAAAAAUUUUUAAAGAUACAAAGUGAAGAGCCUAUUCCAACAUUAGAAUCAGAGGAUCUAUCAUGUAGUACUAAUAAAGAAACUUCAGACGAAACACUUAAUAUUAGACCUGUAAAAUCUCAUAAGCCCUAUAAGCAUUACCCAAGAGGACGAGUGAGUGUAAAUAGACUGUAUUCCCCUACUGAUGAAUUUGUAUGUAAUUUUUGUAAUGAAAGCUACAAAAGCUUACAGUUUCUAAGAAAACACAAUAAUAUAUGUUCCAAAUCCACACAGAAGGAAACUACUAAAAAUAUUUUAACAAAAAGGCCACACCUCCCUACAAAAGCUAAAAAUCAUUUGAAAAAAUGGUUAUUCAGGCAUACAGAUCAUCCUUAUCCUACAGACCAAGAGAAACAGAUGUUAAUGCAAGAAACCAAUUUAUCACUUCUACAAGUUGAAAAUUGGUUCAUAAAUGCUAGAAGAAGGAUUUUGCAGGACCUUACGAAACUUAAGAGGAGGGGUUUGAGAACAGCCGAAGAUAUAUAUGACUCUCCUCUUGGUCUAGAGAUGGAUUAUGAAGAUUUAGUCCCGCAAACGGCAAUAAGCGGCCAAUCACCCGAGGAAGGAAUAAAUCCUCUAGAAGAAGUCGACUUACCUGCCCCUUCUGAAGUUUUGGUCAAGGAAGAACCGGAAGAUAUUGAAGAAGAACAAGUAGAUCUGGCAAAAGUGAAAUGUGAAGUAUUGGAAAACCGGUAACUUUUUAUAAAAUGACUUUUAAAUGAGUAUAAUAUGACUGAUCUUCAAAAUGGCAUAGUGGGAAAAGUAAUAUCUAGGGAUUUUUUUAAAAGCUGCAUUUAAAAAUGUGAUAAUGAGCGUAGUAUCUUAUAAAAAUAGAUUUCUAUGUCAAACCAAAUUAAUCCAAAAGUAUUGCAUAUUUUAACAAUUGGCGCAUGUACGUCGUAUCAUUGAGGUUCCUCCAUUUUCUUAUCAGGAUUUUAAGAAAUCUUGCAUACAAUACAUCACAGUCUUAAAGGCCGCUUCACAUGAUGCAAUAAAAUGUACAAGAAAUUGCAUGCAAUUCUUUGCAAGAUAAAAAUAUUGCAUAGACGAAUAUUGCGCGAAAGCUGCAAUUCUAGGGUGAAAUCUAUUUGCUUUUGUUUUAUGAACCAAUGUGUCCAUCAGGCUCCAAAAGCAAGACAUCAGUAGACUUAAUUAUUGACAUUGAUCCACUCUCCACUUUGUUACUUACUUAGUUUUGUUAUUAUCAUUUUUAAACUGGUCACAAAAUAUUAAAUAUAAUUUUAGGUGAGAUAUUUAUUCAAUUCACUCAUGGAAUUUAUGUUAGGGACAACCAUUAUGCAAUGGCAAGAUACUUGUAUAAUGCCAAGCGAAUUGCAAUAUUCAUCUAUGGAAUAUUUUUACCUUGCAAGAAAUUGCAUACAAUUUCUUGCAAGUUGUAUUGCACCAUAUCAAGUUGCCUUAAUAUCAUCACUUCUUACUAGAAUCUUUCUGAUUUUUUGAAAUAUUUAUUUUCCACGAUUUUUUCUAAUUCGAUUAUUGGGUCAGAGGAGACAAUGGAAUGUGAUGACAACGAAAUGCAAUGUACGACUAGUUGAAAUAAUACAUGUUUAUAAUUGAUUAACGGCUUCCAAUAUUUAUCAUUUUUAUAAACAGUAAAAACAAGAGCAUUUUUCAUUGGUAAAUUCUUUUUGUGAUUAAAUUUUCAAAUUAGUAAUUUUAAUAAGAAAAGAAAUUCCGCGGCAUUUUGAAUAUCACUUUUUGUAUCGUAAUUUUUAAUCAAAAUCAAAUUUAUUCUUAAAAGGAAAACUCGAGUAUUUGUUGGCAAGAUAAAUUAACGAUUUGAAGUAACUUCAUGAGUUGUUUUAACAUGGACGCGUUAUUCUCUAUAUUGUUGAAUGAAAUUUCACCAAAAUGACUUUUAUUUUAUGCUGAAUAUCAAGUGAAAAAUACUUUUUAAUCAUAAGUGACAGGCAUUAAUAUGAGCUUCGUAAGCUUUAGCCUAGUUAUGAGGCGCGGGCGUCAUCAUUGCUAUUAAAAUGUCAUUACAAAUGAAAUAUUUUAAAUAGGACUUAGUUUCUCAGUUUAAAAUUGAACAUAUUAAGAAAUUUUGAUCAAAAUACUAGACAUUACUAUUUCCAAACAGUCAAUCUAUACGAAUAAAAAUUUUAGGUAAAAAUUAAGUGUUCUUCUAAGGUGAGGUUGGCAAUAUUUACUUUAUUUAAUCUUUAAUAUUUUUGUUAUUAAGUGAAAAAUAACUGUUAUUUUUAAGUCAGACCCUAAUUGAGUCUCUAAUGUGUUUUUUGUACGAAAUGAUGGUGGGGGAAGUAUUUAUUUUUUUUUUUUUUAGUUAUAGUGAAAAUAUAAAAGGGUUUAUUUAAUUUGUACAAACACGAAAUGUUCUUUCAUUUUAUAGUUGCAAACUGCCUAGGAUCAAUAUUCAAUUGGAUAUUGACAAUAUAUUUUUUUCUAUAAUAUUAUUGUCGUUAAACCACAUUUUAAUUUCACUUCAGGGUUCAAUGACUUGUGAUUCUGGUUAGUUCUGAUUUCAUUCUGAGUUUUCUUAUUCUGGUCUAUGGCAUUGUGAUACAGCUUAUUGUAUGUAAUUCAUCCAGAAAUUACAAAUGUGUUUUAUACAAUAUCUGCAGAUCUUAAUGUACCAAAAGAAAGAGACAACAUAUGCAAUGUUGCAACUUUCACUUUUCUGUUUGGUAGAUAUAUUUAAAUUAGUAUCGUUUAAAAAACAAAUAUUUUUUAUAAAUUUCCACCUAACAAAAAUUCCAAAAUACAAAAAAAUGCUAGAUUUGAUAAUUAUUUUUAGAUUGUAGGUUUUGCACUAUUUGAUGUGAACAAUAACUUUUUUACUUUAAAUUACUGGAAAGGCACUUCCAUUAUUUCAAGUUGGAAUUUCUAGGACUGAUGUUGAUAUUCAUAUUGAACACACUGUUUAAUUACCAGAACACUAACAUUCAACAUUAUAAUGUUAUUGUCAACUGGCGGAUGCCGUGACCAACUUUCCAACGGUUCAACCACCCAUUACUUGCAGUAAACUAUUGAUCACCAUUCAUUAAAUUGUUUAGUUGCACAGCUUUUUUGUACAAGAGGUCCACUUUAUGGUGUUCCUUUUUCUCUCUCUUGGACAAACCAUAAAAAGAGAAUUCCAUCGACUUUGUCAAACUUAGAAACUUUGGAUGUUUAGCGAUUUCCAAAAAUUUGGCUAGACGAUGAUGCUGUGCAGAACUGCUUCAGCUUGGUACGUUUUUUCCAAUCAGAAAUUGUUGUCUUGCCUACUCCAAAUACUACUGCUAGCUUUGUAACACUCUCGCCUUUAUCUAAGCGAUUCAUAACCUCGGGUUUUUCUUUUAAGGUACAAGUCGUAUGUUUACGUUUGGUACCGGUAGUCAUUAUGUUUAAUAACUAAGAACGUUAAUCACAGAUAUGUAGUUUUAGUCAACAGUCGAACACUGCAAUAAAAACUGACGCAGGUAAACAAACCGUAAUACAAUAGUCCUAUACAACACUCGAACACUGCAACUAAAACUGACGCAGAUAAACCAGCUGUAAAAAAAUUACCGAGCGAGGCAAGGGGUAAAGAUGCGCAUGACGCACCGUUGAUGAUUCAACGUAUCGUCUGUCGUCAGAAAUACUUGAAUACAUACCACGUUUUGUUAAUUCUUUCUGUUGUCCCGUUCCUCGAGUUUUCGAAAUACGAAGAAUUAUUUUUUUCCAUUUAGCAUUUGAAUGAUACGAUUUAAAAGUAGGGAAAUGUUUUGUUAUUUAUAAAUAUGUACAAAAAACAACGUUUAUUCCUUUGAAAACGAUUGUUGAGUUAAUCCGAAUUUUCACAGUGAAUAUCCCUAUUUCAAAGUUACCAGAAAUUUUUCUUAUAUUGAAAUUAUUACGUAAAUUUUAUUUUUUUACUUAAUUUAAAAUUUUUCUUAAUAGCUCUCUUGAAAAAUACUCAUUUUUCGCAAGUUUCUUUAACUCGAAUAUACGUUCUAAAUCAAAUCAAAGUGCUUGUUGAUUUUUAUUCAUUAGAAGGCCUAGGUCAAACUACAAGUUUGAAUUUACUAAUUAAAUGUAUGACGACGACACUUUUUUUUAUAUGAAAUAACUAAUUAUUACAUUUUUGUGAUCACAUUGAGAAAACUAUCCAUUCAGUGAAAGCCAAUUUAUUCAACGAUUUAAGAUGAAUCAUUAUUACAGCAUCUAUUGGUGAUCAAGAAAUAUGUACGUAUUAAACAUGACAAAAAUCAAUAUUAAUAAGUGAAAAAAGUAUAUUGAAAAAUAGUGGUUAGCAUAUCAGAUUCACUGUGUUCUACAAUAGGGUACUUGCAUGGUUUGAGACAAAAAUAGUUGUGGAUAGUUUAUAUACAAUCUUUAUUAUAAUUUUUUAUUCUUUGACUAAUAUUUAUAGAGAAAAAAAUAAUUAAAAAUUUUGUAGGUAGUUUAAAUAUUUCAGUAAGGCCGCCAUAUUGCGUGACGUUAUAGGUAUAAAAUAAACACUGAACAUAUGAUACAAAGUAAAUAUGACAGAUUUCCCAAAAUAAGCGUUAUGAAAAAUGGUGUAUAAAUCAUGAUAAAUCUAAUAAAGUUUUUUAUGAACUUAGAAUAUACUACACCAAAAAAGGUUUGAAAGUGUUGGUCGUUUAGACGAUCCUGUAAGAUGUAAUUAUUUGUGUUGCCAGGAUCAUUUUAAUAUAAGUAAGAUUUAACUUCUUUUAAUAUUUUAUAGUAAUUAAGUUUAUUAUGCUUUUAAUUUUUAACCUGAUUAUGUAAUUAUGUUUAUGUUUAUAUAUAGACAAAUGUUUAAUCUAUACGUAACUAAUAAAUAAAAACUGGAUUAUAAUAGCACUCGCUACGUUUCAGGCAACGAUAACCUCGUGAUAAUCAAGCAGACAACUGCUCAAUGUUUUUAUUAAACCUAUGAUGUCACAACUGAAAACCAAUGAGAAUCGUUUUUUUUUGGUGUUGUUAAAAAUUUGAAAUUUUUGCGAUUUUCAAUUAAAUAUUUAGAUAUUAUUUUUUAACUUUUAAUUAAAUACUUUACUUUCUGACAUUAUUUCAUAAUAAGAACUUAUAAAAUAAAUACUUUUUAAAAAAUGCAAGUACCCUAUUAGAUUAAAAUCAGUUUAUUUAUCUUACUGUCAUAGGCCUUUGCACUAUUCAGUAUUUAAAAAAAAUUAUUUUUAUACUAUUGUUAAUCCUUUAUUUUUGUAUGGUUACGUUUAUUUAAGAGCCUUAUAUCAUUGGUGUACUUCUAUUAAUUCAUCAAAUCUAUAUUUAGUCAAAAUUAUCGAUCAGAAAAAGUGAUAGCACCGAACCACUUUAAUAUAGAAAAAAUAUAUGCGAGGCAUAAAUAUAUUAAUUUUUCACUUUAUACAUAAUUUUUAUUAUAUUUUAUACUUUGUAUUGUUGAUUUGAAGAUAAAAAUAUGCGCUUUCAUUUUUGGAGUACUACAAUGAUACGAACUCUUAUUAUUGUCAAAAAUUUAUAUUUAUAAAGCUUUAUUAAAUGGUUCGUCCUUUAUACUUUUGAUAUCCCGUUUGUAAAUCGCAGUUAGACAAACUGAAUCACGUUUCUGCUUAAUUUAUUGAGUAAAAUUUGUUUAUUUUCAUAUACCUAGUAUUUUUAUUUUAUGAAGAAUUUUAUUACGUUUGUAUACACCAAAAUACCUGUUACAUAUUUAUUAGAUUAUUGUCUGUAAAUAUAUUAAUAAUAAUAAAUGUAUUUUUAUUUUUUAUGUUCAAAUAUAGUAAAAGUUCAGUCUAAA